GUGUAUGGUGAAGGUAACUCUUAUUUUGUUUGUUAUUUUAUUGUGUAAUAUCAGGUAUCGUUUAAAUAUACACUGAGGUUCGCUCAUGUGUUGUAUUUAGUUGGCAGCCUUGGAGGUUGUACCUACUAGGUAACUCAUACAGUGAUUUUUACCAUAAUUAUUAACAUUGACCCUACGGACAAGAUACCAGUCAAUCUUAACUUUGGUAGUUACAAAAUAUAAAAUUAUGCUUGGAUUUAAAAUUUUGCCUGUGACUGUGUUGUGUGUAUUGAGUUUUUUUGAAACAAUAGACUUGGUUCCUAUUGAUGAAAACGAAAACUUUGAUUUUGACGAAUAUUGGGAUUACAAACUAACACCACACAAUCUACCUCUUUUAAAAAGCUCAAGACAAAACUAUUUGGUUUCAGCAAUCUACCAAUAUGAAGAAGAUCUAGCAGUAUCUUCCCUUAAUGAUGAAGAAGAAAUAUCAAAUAAUAGAUUGCCGAAAAAAAUACACGAUGUAAUCAGAAACAAAAUUCCAUGUGAAAUGUGUAAAUUAGGUAUAGGACUAUUAAGAAACCAUCUCGAUAGUGGAGACUCUAUGGAAGAAAUUAGAAAUAAGGUUAUCAAAUUAUGUGUAACGCUAAAAAUUGAAACUGAAAAAGUAUGUGCGGGAUUCUUUGAUGUUUUUGGGCCCGAACUUGUUCCCGCAUUCAAUGCUUCUACUUUAGAUUCUUCCCAAACAUGUAUGAUGGUAUUUGGCGAAAGUUGUCCUUCGGUUUCCAAUGAACUACAUGAGUGGUCAAUAGAUAUACCAAAUAACGAACUAAAUGUUGAAGAAUCAAAAACAAAACGUCGCAAUGUGGAAAUACCGGUUUUAAAAGUACUACAUAUAUCUGAUACCCACUUAGAUCUAGACUAUUUAGCAGGGUCACCCGCAAACUGUGACGAACCGUUGUGCUGCAGAAAUUACAGUACCCCCUCUAGUACCGAACCUUUAGUUCCGGCUGGAAGGUGGGGGUCGUAUAACAAAUGUGAUUCUCCGAAAAUAUUAAUAGCACAUAUGCUCAAUCAUAUAGCCUUAGAACAUCCGGAUAUAGAUUAUAUUAUUUGGACUGGAGAUUUACCUCCGCACGAUAUUUGGAAUCAAACUAAGGAUAGCAAUCUGCAGAUUAUACAAGAAUGUGUUGAUCAAAUGUUUAUGUUUUUCCCAACGACACCAAUAUUUCCUGCUGUUGGAAAUCACGAAUCUGUUCCUGCCGGUAGUUUUGCCCCACCUUGGAUGAAAAAUGAUAGUCAUACUAUAAAUUGGCUAUACACACCAUUAGCAGAACAUUGGAGAAGAUGGUUACCUUCAACUGCUGGCAAUACUUUGUUGCAUGGAGCUUUUUACUCUGUAUUGCUUCGACCGGGCUUUAGGCUUAUAUCUCUAAAUACCAAUUAUUGUCAUUCACUAAACUGGUGGCUUGUAGUAAACAGUACUGAUCCGGCUCAAGAGUUACAGUGGCUAAUUUACGAACUGCAAAAUUCUGAAGCAAAUAAUGAAAAAGUACAUAUAAUUGGGCACAUCCCACCUGGUAGUUCAGAUUGCUUAAAAGCGUGGUCAACAAACUUCUACUCUAUUGUAGAUCGUUUUAAAGAUAUCAUUAGAGCUCAAUUCUAUGGUCAUAGCCACGCUGAUGAGUUCGAAUUGUUUUAUGAAACAGAAAAUUACAGUAAACCAAUUAACGUAGCCUACUUAGGUCCAUCGAUAACAACAUACGAAAAUCAUAACCCAGGUUAUAGGAUUUACUAUAUUGAAGGAGAUUUUAGUCAUUCUAACAGGGAUGUUGUGGAUCAUGAAACGUGGACCUGCGAUUUAGAACAAGCGAAUAAAGGUCAUAACGAACCAGUUUGGUACAAAUCCUACUCAGCGAGAGACACUUAUAGCAUGCAGUCACUUGCUCCAGAGGAAUGGAAUAAACUUGUAGAUAAAAUGGCAGCUGAAGAUGACACUUUUGAUUUAUUUUAUAGGCACUACUACAGACACAGUCCUACUAGACCAUCCUGUGAUGCUGAAUGUAAAGUUCAAAUAUUGUGUGACUUAAAAACUGGAAAGUCUCAAGACAGAAAACAUAUAUGUGGCGAGUUACAAUAUGUUUAAUUACUUUUUGUAGAUUUUAAUAUACAUCGAAGAAUAAAAAAAAAUAUUUAACAAA